AUGGAGAACGAAAAGGGAGAGAUCGUCGAUCUGUACGUGAAUACUAAUGUCCUUCGCUGUUUGCGCUUGAACUGGUUUUACGGUGGUCCGGGGGCCGAGAAUGACUCUGCGACUUGGGACAAUGCACAAGACGACAGGAGGACAAUCUGGGGCGAGCUUUCAGCCUUCACCAAGCGACUGUUGCAGGAUAGUCCUUUUUUCGCAGAGUUUCUUCCGGCUUCCGGGAACCAGCAGAAGCAGGAGAUCAUCUGCAGCGCCACCAACCGCAUCAUCAAGGCCAACGACCACGCCUCCGUCCAGAUCUCCAUCGGCAAGGUCGACGAGAACGGUCGCUACACCGGCGAGAACCAGAGCUAUGCUCUCUGCGGCUUCAUCCGUGCCCGUGGCGAGAGCGAUGACUCCCUGAACCGCCUCUGCCAGCGUGAUGGCUACGUCCGCAACGUCUGGUCCGCCAGCAGCCAGCGGUAA